CUACUACUACUAGUGCUAGUAUCUGAGUUUGCCUGUCAAGGCGGCUGGACGAACCUUAUGGCACCUGGAUCCACGGAUUUUUUUGUUUUGUAGUGUUCAAGUGUUGUGAUAUUCGCCAAGAUGGACUUCCAGGAGUCAGAUGGCAUGGAAAAUGCUGCCAGAAGGGUUGCUCACCUUUUGCAGCGCCCAGAACAUUUGGAGAAAGUGGAUCAACUUCGUCGAAAAUUCACGCGUCAAAAGGCUGCUGUGGACGCUCGGCUUAAAACAGCUGUACAAACCCAACUGGAUGAUGUCAAGACGGGUCUGAAUAAAUUGAAGAGUGCUCUGGAGGAAGUGCAGGAGAUAAAAGGAAGCAUGAGUGAUAUCGACGCUCAGUAUGGUUCUUGCCAGGAGUUAGAACGACACAUCAAGCAGAUCCGAGAUGCUCAUUGGCAGCACAGUCAGUUGGCUGCUGCAGUGGAUCAUCUCAAACACAUCUACACAGUGCCGACGGUAGUGACUGAAGCCAACGAGAUGAUACAAAACUCCAACCUUCUCGCUGCCCAUCAGAAACUCCAUGAGCUGGAGAACACACGUGACGAGCUGCUCUAUCAGAUGCACAAGUCCUCGGAGGACACGGCUGAUGUCCGGUCUGUCAAUCAGCCUCUGCUACGGUAUUUCGAGCCAGUCAAGGAGCUUUCGAGCACACUGGGCGCGCAGAUGUGGUUCAUUUUACAGCGGCUACUGCACACUGUGCGCAACAGUCCAGCUCUCGCCGUCACGACAUUCCGUAUCAUCGAAAGAGAGGAGAGAGCUGAUGCUUACGCCGAGGAGCGGCGGAAAAACUCUGGCUUCCAAUCGCCUGAUCGUCCGAAAAAUUGGCGCGAGAAAGCACUCUCCACCAUUGACAAUGCUGUCAUGAAUCGGUUUGAAGGCGUUCAGAUGGAAACCCGGGACAUCGACAAGGCAUGGCUGGGCCGUUACUUGAUGGACCUGCGUAAAAUCGUCGUAGAAGAUCUCGUUGUUGUCAAGAAUUUGGCUGUUCCGCUCUUCCCACCACAAUAUGAGAUAUUCGAUCGCUAUGUCAACAUGUACCACAAGACGCUGACAUCGGUGAUGGAAGAUGUUGGUGGCCAGAGAAUGGAACCCGGUGAGAUCAUCACAUUGUUGUGUUGGCUCAAACAAUAUCCUGAGAUGAUGUUAGCCGAUGAGUUGACUGUGGACGUGUCAUCCUUUGAUCCACUUAUCUCUCCACGUUAUGUCAAGGAAUUAGAAGAACAGUAUUUGCACUUGAUUCAAGGCACCGUCAGUGACUGGAUGAAGCGUAUGAUAGAAGCAGAGGUCAAGGAUUGGUGGAGAACAACAGAGCCCCGGAGUAAUGUUGACAAGCACUAUCAUACCGAUAUGCCAGUGCUGCUUGGCCAGAUGAUCUCACAAAAUUUGGAUCUUGUCCAAGAGACCAGCAUUGACCUGAGAGUGAAGGUGAUGGAACUGUUUGUCACCAUGCUUCACGAAUUCCAAGAGAAAUAUGAGGCUGAAAUCAUCAAGUUCAAGAACAAAUACAUCGCUGAAGGCCGUCGGGAACCGGUGUACUUCCUGCAAUACAUGAUCGCCACAGUCAACAACUGCUUCCAGCUAAAAGAGUACACUGGCCGCCUUCAGGAUCAGGCUUUGGCCAUUGCUGAGACUGCGCCGAUGUCUGCAAGGCUUGAGGAGAUGUUUGCCGAGCUGUUUGAGGAAUGCAAGAAGCGAUUUGAAAUCAUCGCCGAUGGAACGUUGGAUAUGCUUUGCGACAUCGUCUUCAUAGACUUGGAUAUGUUCCUUGCCGACCUCCUGACUAAGAAAUGGAUUGGCUCAUCCAAGGCCAUGGACACCAUUGAUGCAACAGUGCGUGACUAUGCUGCUGAUUUCAAGAGCCUGCGACCACAGUACUUCUCGACCUUGAUGAAUGCAUUGCAGAAGCGUCUUGUGAAGGAGUAUGUGAAAGCACUGACUACCAGACGCAGUGUGUUCAAGAGUCAGGAUGAUCGCAAGAAAGCUGCAGCUCAAAUCAAGGGAGAAGGCAACAAGGUUGCCGAUCUGUUUCUUGGUCUGCAUUCGCUUUCCAAGCCUGCUAGCAUGAAGGUACUUGGUCUCAUCGCCGAAGUAAUUGGUGUAAAGGACACUGACAUGCUGGAUUUUGAAAUUCAGGAACUUGUGAGGAAGAAUACGGACAUGAAAGCAGAGCAUUUGAUGGCCAUUCUCAGUAUGCGUGGCGAUGUCAACAAGUCACAAGCAAAGCAGAUCGUUGCGCGUACGCCGCUCGCAGAAGAGACGGAUUCAACAUCUGCGGACGGCACUGCCACUUCAGCAUCUGGAGCCCUUUCCAAUGCAGGGGGUUACUUUUCUGAUCUGAUACUUACGUGAGAUUGGUAGAGGUAGGUUAACAGCAAUGUUAGUCUUCAUAUGUCACUGGUAUUGCUGGCCCAGUUGUCAGCUGCUGCUAGUUGACAUCUUAUCUUCACAUAUGUAUACUACAAGUAUGUGUAGUUCAUCUGCUCUCUGCGUGAGAGUGUGUGUUUUGUUGUUGUUGUGCGUUGGCCAAGUCCUGGCCAUGUCGGUUUGUGCAGCUCGCAGUGUACAUUGUACGCCUGUAUGAUGUGGUGUGUUGUGUGUGUGUGUGUGUGUGUGUGUGUGUGUGUGUGUGUGUGUGUGUGUGUGUGUGUGUGUGUGUGAUGUGUAAUGUGAUAUAUAUGUGUGUGACUCCACUCUGUUUCCCUUGUACAUAGCCUUCCUCCAGCCUGUAUGGCACCCAGUGUGUACAUGUAUAUAUAUACUUACUCACGUCCGACGAUAUUAGUCCUUUCUAGAGUUUGCCUUGUGAGAUAUUGCCAGUCUUAUUCUUAUCCCCAUCAUGCUUGCCUGUACACAACCCAGCACUGUGAUUCUAGCUUUCAUUUUUGCUGUCAAUUGUGUUCCACUUCCAUUACCUUUGACUUGUCUUCAGAGAUUUUAUUAGGAUCAUUUUUUUCUUUAUUUUCUUGCAUAUCUAGACAUGCGCGUGUGCUAGCACAUGUGCUACCCAUGCUGAUGUCGUAAGACUCAUAACCCCUAGUUGUUUCCUACUUUUGUCUUUUCCUUUGCCACUGCCAUGGGCUUUUGCUCCUGCUGCAACCUCUGUCACUGCUGUGAGUAGUACAGGCUUGUAUGAACAACAACAACAACGAGUAAGUGUUGAGAUGA